AUGUCUUCUCUGCCUCCGCAACGACGUGCUGCUCUGGGAUAUGGCAAAUCCGAACUCAUCAAGCAGUGCUCUUUUAAUAGUAUGCAGUGCGAUAUCGAGAAGGAAUUCAAGCUCCACAUCGACCCAUCCUUUGGUAACUGCUACACUUUCAACGCAAAUCCUGACAGAGUAUUAGCCAGCAGUCGUGCCGGACCCAGUUACGGUGAAGAAAGUAAACCCGUUUGCCAAGUGGUGGCUGCUUCAAUCCUGACAGUCCCGCUGCCACUGGGUUAUAUUUAUAAAGACUACAGUUAUGAGCCUGAAGGAUGUUACCGUAAUUGUUAUCAAAAGCGAAUAAUCAAUCAGUGCAGAUGCGCCGAUCCACGGUUUCCAAAGCCAUCGGAUAGAGUGAAAACUUAUUCUGCGAUAUUCGAAAUGAUAUAUAAGAGAAAUGUUUGUCGGCGGAGAGUAUUCGGAUGGUUAAGCGAAAGUCGUGCAGAUGUACUCAUGCUUGCCAACAGGAUGUGUAUACUACUACAUAUUCGGCAGCUAAAUGGCCAUCAGGAAGUACGCGUAUGGAAUGCGACGAAAAGGAUUGCGCUUCGUACUACAAGCGCACAACCACGACUCUUUUCAACAUUUUUCUCUAGACAGUUCCUCAGUAGCUUCACAUUUCCGUCUCGAUUGGAGAAGGAGAGUCAAACGAAGAACUUCCUUCAAAGCGAUGAUAGGCACGCUGCUAUGCUGGAGAUCUAUUAUGAGCAGAUGAGUUACGAAGUUCUUCGCGAGUCUGAGUCCUAUUCCAUAGUAAACCUCGUGUCGGAUAUCGGUGGACAAAUGGGUCUGUGGCUCGGGGCCUCCGUUUUGACAGCUGUUGAAAUUGUCAUCUUCUUGUUCAACAUCGUCGUGAUCGCGAUCACCGGUCGACUUCGAUCUAAUGAUUCACUCACGAAGGAGAAGCAACCAGAAGAGCACACGAAAAAUCCAGACGACCACCUGAGCUCUCCAACAAAGAAAUGCUACGAUAAUAACUAA